AGCCUAUCCCUAGCUUGCUUUUCAACCUAUGGAUGUAUUGGUCUCUUUUCACUUGGUCUGAACGGCGCGGGCGAGUGCAGUGUCUCACCUCUGUACUGUGUCCCCCUUGCCUUGCUCAUGAUAUCUGUCGCUUUUGGAGAAUACUGAACGUGCCUCUGUUUCUAAACUGCUUUGUAUAAUGUACCGUCCGCAAAACGCUCGAGACUGAGCAGACAGGACUCGUCCAUUGUGUUUGGGAAGAAGAUUUUCUUCUGACAGAUGCACAUUUCUUUUUGAUUGUUUUGGACCUGGAACGUUGGACUGUGUUGUCGUUUUAAGAGUCGCCAAUACACCGCUCUUGGGACAGGCUGCGGUGGUCACAGUCACCCUAAAGGAAGGGUCUCCUUCCACUCCCCCUCUCACACACACACACUCCCUCGCACACACACACUCCGCAGGAUGAGGGAAGCCUGGAGGUGCCUGCUGGGGCUGUGCCUCCUGGCAUGCUACGCCUCUCCCGCCUCCCCUAACGGCGCUGCCAAUCCCUUCGCUGGGCAGCAGACGCCCCCAGACCCGUGCUACGACGACGCGGGCGCUGCCCGCCGCUGUAUCCCCGAGUUCAUCAAUGCCGCCUUUGGCAAGGAGGUGGCCGUGUCAAGCGUGUGCGGCCGGCCGACGCCGUCACGCUCUUGUAGUGUGGUGGAGCGCGGUGAUGAACGGCCCUCAGUGCGCACCUGCCAGAUCUGCGACGCAGUGGACCCGCGGCGUGCCCAUCCGCCCUCCUACCUCACUGACCUCAACUCGGCCCACAACCUCACCUGCUGGCAAUCGGAGAACCUGCACACCUCGCCGCACAACGUCACCCUCACCCUGUCGCUUGGCAAGAAGUUUGAGAUCACCUACGUCAGCCUUCAGUUCUGCUCGCCCCGCCCUGAGUCACUGGCCAUCUACAAGAGCAUGGACUACGGCAAGAGCUGGACGCCUUACCAGUACUACUCGUCCCAGUGCCGGCGCAUGUACAACCGGCCCAACAAGGCGGCCAUCACUAAGCAGAACGAGCAGGAGGCCCUGUGCACCGAUGGCCACACCGACCUCUACCCCCUCUCCGGGGGGCUCAUUGCCUUCAGCACUCUGGACGGGCGGCCCUCCGGGAAGGACUUUGACAACAGCCCUGUGCUCCAGGACUGGGUGACAGUCACCGACAUCCGCAUAGUUUUCAGCCGGCCCCAGCUGCCCCGUGAGCUAGGGGCAGGAGGAGGGGGGAUAGGCGGGGGAGGCCGGAUGGACGAGGACCCAAUGGUACCGUCCACAUCUCUGCCAGCGUACUUCUACGCGGUGGGGGACUUCCAGGUGGGCGGGAGGUGUAAGUGCAACGGGCACGCCUCACGCUGCCUCAAGGACAAGGAGGGCAAGCUGGUGUGCGACUGCAAGCACAACACGGAGGGGCCUGAGUGCGACCGCUGCAAGCCCUUCCACUACGACCGGCCAUGGCAAAGGGCCAGCGCCCGCGAGGCCAACGAGUGUCUACCGUGUAACUGCAACCUGCACGCCCGGCGCUGCCGGUUCAACAUGGAGCUGUACAAGUUGUCGGGGAGGAAGAGCGGAGGCGUGUGCAUGAACUGUCGCCACAACACGGCCGGACGCCACUGCCACUACUGCAAGGAGGGCUUCUACCGGGAUAUGGCCAGGCCCAUCACACACCGCCGUGCCUGCAAAGCCUGUGACUGCCACCCGGUGGGUGCGGCAGGUAAGACGUGUAACCAGACGACAGGCCAGUGCCCCUGUAAGGACGGCGUGACGGGCAUCACCUGCAACCGCUGUGCUAAGGGCUACCAGCAGAGCCGCUCACCUGUGGCCCCCUGCAUCAAGAUCCCAGUGGUGAACCCUACAGCCAUGGUCAGCAGCAGCACAGAGGAACCGGCAGCAGAUUGUGAAUCCUAUUGCAAACCAGUGAAAGGGAAUCUGAAGAUCAACAUGAAGAAAUACUGCAAGAAAGACUAUGCGGUACAAGUCAACGUGCUGGACAUGGAGACGGUGGGCGACUGGGCCAAGUUCUCGGUCAACGUGGUGUCCGUCUACAAGAGCCGCGGCGAGCCGCUCAAACGGGGCGACAACGUCCUGUGGAUCCACAUGAAGGACCUGGCCUGCAAGUGUCCCAAAAUCCAGAUGAGCAAGCGCUUCCUGGUGAUGGGCACCAGCGAGACCGGGCCAGGGGGCCCUGGGGCUGGGGGGCCCGGGGCUGGACCAGGGGCUGCUGGGGCUGCUGCAGGAGCAGAGCGCGUAGGGCUCCUGGCCGAUAAGAACAGCCUGGUCAUCCAGUGGAGAGACGUUUGGACGCGGCGCCUCCGGAAGUUCCAGCGCAAAGAGAAGAAGGGCAAGUGCAGCAAAGCAUGAUGGGGGAGAGAGCAGCGCAUCCCCAUCCAACCCUCAUGACCCCACCCAUACUCCUACCUCCCCACGACCCCUUCCGAGCUCUCGGCUAGUUCGCAGGACGGAACACGACACCCCUACCCCCACCCACCGCCCGACCCCCUAAAAACCCUGACCCCCCCAAAACUGGGUACACUGCACAUUACAGAGACUGCAUGUAUAUUGCCUGUUUAAGGACCACUUUGUGUAUAUUGUAUAAUUAUUUCCUUUUUAUUUUCUGUUUUAAUCAUGGGACUGUGACUGUCUUUUUUCUAUUGGUCUGCCUUAAAAAGGGACCAUUAAAAAGGGUACGAAGUGUAGACGAGCGGAUACCAUUCCCUUUCUCGACAACGACAGCGAAAAUGUCCACACUCCCCCACAGCCCUGCCCUCUCCCAUUCCCCCUCCCCAUUCAGACUGCUUCAGUCCCC